CAAGGAUCAGACUCAAUUGGACAUGCCAUCGAUAGAGCUCACGGAGUCGACGCUCCAGAAUGUCAAGCUGGUCCUCAAGGCCAUCAUCCUCCUCUCAAUUGCCGGUGCUGCGGUCUCUUCACGUUUAUUCUCCGUUAUAAGAUAUGAGAGUAUCAUUCAUGAAUUCGAUCCAUGGUUUAACUUCAGAGCUACAAAAUAUCUAGUUUCACACACAUUCUACGAGUUCUUGAAUUGGUUCGAUGACAGAACUUGGUACCCAUUGGGAAGAGUCACUGGUGGUACACUAUACCCAGGUUUAAUGGUUACAAGUGGUACAAUUUGGCAUGCAUUAAGAAAAAUUGGUUUACCAGUGGAUAUUAGAAACAUUUGUGUCAUGUUGGCUCCUGCCUUUUCAGGUCUAACAGCUUAUGCCACUUAUUUAUUCACCAAGGAAAUCAAAGAUUCAUCUGCAGGUUUAUUAGCUGCUGCUUUCAUUGGUAUUGCCCCAGGUUAUAUUUCAAGAUCAGUUGCAGGUUCUUAUGAUAAUGAAGCCAUUGCAAUUACUUUAUUAAUGGCAACUUUCUUCUUAUGGAUCAAAGGUUCAAAAGAAGGUUCAGUUUUCUGGUCUGCUUGGGCUGCUGUGUUUUAUUUCUACAUGGUUUCAGCAUGGGGUGGUUAUGUCUUUAUCACCAAUUUGAUCCCAUUACACGUUUUCGUCUUGAUCUUGAUGGGUCGUUAUAACCAUAAGCUAUACACUUCAUAUUCAACUUGGUAUGCAAUUGGUACUUUAGCAUCAAUGCAAAUCCCAUUUGUUGGGUUUUUACCAAUCCGUUCAAAUGAUCAUAUGGCAGCAUUUGGUGUUUUCGGUUUGAUUCAAAUUGUUGCCUUUGGUGAUUAUGUUCGUUCAAAAGUUCCAUCAAAACAAUUUAAAUCCGUCUUGAUUGUCUCAAUUGCUUUAAUAAUUAUCUUGGGUAUUGCAGGUUUAGUUGGUUUAACCGUAGCUGGAUUGAUUGCUCCAUGGACUGGUCGUUUCUAUUCUUUAUGGGAUACAAACUAUGCUAAAAUUCAUAUUCCAAUCAUUGCCUCAGUCUCAGAACAUCAACCUACUGCUUGGCCAGCAUUUUUCUUUGAUACCCAAUUUUUGAUUUGGUUAUUCCCAGCUGGUGUUUACUUAUUAUUCCAAGAAUUGAAAGAUGAACAUGUCUUUGUUAUCAUUUACAGUGUCUUGUGUUCUUACUUUGCAGGCGUUAUGGUUCGUUUAAUGUUGACAUUGACCCCAAUCAUUUGUGUUAGUGCUGCUAUUGCAAUUUCAAAAUUAUUUGAUGUUUAUUUAGAUUUCUCUGAAUUUUUGAAAUCAAAUGAAAAGAGAAAAUCAUCAGAUGAAACCACCAAAAAGGGUCUCAGUAUCUUUGGAUUGGCUUCAAGAUUAACUGUUAUCUUAACUUUUGUUUCAUAUUUGUACUUGUUUGUUUAUCACUGUACAUGGGUCACUUCAAAUGCUUAUUCAUCACCAUCAGUUGUCUUGUCAUCAAGAGGCCCAGAUGGUUCAUCUACAUUGAUUGAUGAUUAUCGUGAAGCUUAUUACUGGUUACGUAUGAACACUCCAGAAGAUGCCAAAGUUAUGGCAUGGUGGGAUUAUGGUUAUCAAAUCGGUGGUAUGGCUGAUCGUACUACAUUAGUUGAUAACAAUACAUGGAAUAACACACAUAUUGCCACUGUUGGUAAAGCUAUGUGUUCACCAGAAGAUGUUUCAUACAAGAUUUUAAAACAACAUGAUGUUGAUUAUAUAUUGGUCAUUUUCGGUGGUAUGCUAGGUUAUUCAGGUGAUGAUAUGAACAAAUUCUUAUGGAUGGUUCGUAUUGCUGAAGGUAUAUGGCCAGAUGAAGUUAAAGAGAGAAACUUCUUCACUGAAAGGGGUGAAUACAGAGUUGAUGAUGAAGCCACUGACACAAUGAAGAAUUCAUUGAUGUACAAAUUAUCAUAUUACAGAUUCUUGGAUGUUUUCGGUGGAAGACAAGCUCUUGAUAGAGUUCGUAACCAAAAAAUUACCACUUCUCCUGAAUUAAACAUUGCUGAAGAAGCAUUCACCUCAGAAAACUGGUUAGUUCGUAUUUAUAAAGUUAAAGAUCUUGACAAUGUUGGUCGUGACUUGAAAGAUGCCACCCAAUUUGAAAAACAAGCUGCUGCUGGUGUUAAGAAGAGAACUCAAAAACGUCCUGAAUUAGAACUACGUGAAUAAUCCACCCGCUAAUUCAAAAGACUAACAAUAAAAAAUACAUCAC